AGACAACCCUGAGGCUGACCAGCAGCUGCUGUCACUGGGAGGCCACUGUGCUGGCCAAGCAGCAUCAUGGCCGGCGUUGUGCGAGUCUCCCUGACUGCUGUCCUCCUGCUGCCUAUGGCUGCCACUAUGCACUCCAACUGCAUGGUCAAGAAGGAGCAAGCCAUGUGUCUGGAGAAGAUCCAGAGGGCCAAUGACCUGCUGGGCUUGAAUGAUUCCUCCCCAGGCUGCCCUGGGAUGUGGGACAAUAUCACAUGUUGGAAGCCUGCCCGUGUGGGAGAGAUGGUCCUGGUCAGCUGCCCAGAACUCUUCCAGAUCUUCAACCCAGACCAAGUUUGGGAGACUGAAACCAUCGGAGAGUUUGAUUUUACUGACAGUAACUCCUUGGAUCUCUCAGACAUGGGGGUGGUGAGCCGGAACUGCACGGAGGAGGGCUGGUCGGAGCCCUUCCCCCAUUACUAUGAUGCUUGUGGGUUUGAUGAAUAUGAAUCUGAGCCUGGGGACCAGGGUUACUACUACCUGUCAGUGAAGGCCCUCUACACAGUUGGCUACAGCACAUCUCUCGUCACCCUCACCACUGCCAUGGUUAUCCUGUGUCGCUUCCGGAAGCUGCACUGCACACGCAACUUCAUCCACAUGAACCUGUUUGUGUCAUUCAUGCUGAGAGCCAUCUCUGUCUUCAUCAAAGACUGGAUCCUGUAUGCAGAGCAGGACAGCAACCACUGCUUCAUCCCCACCGUGGAAUGCAAGGCCAUCAUGGUUUUCUUCCACUACUGUGUCGUGUCCAACUACUUCUGGCUGUUCAUUGAGGGGCUGUACCUCUUCACCCUGCUGGUGGAGACCUUCUUCCCCGAGAGGAGAUACUUCUACUGGUACAUCAUUAUUGGCUGGGGGUCCCCAACUGUGAGUGUUUCCGUGUGGGCUACACUGAGGCUCUACUUUGAUGACACGGGCUGCUGGGAGAUGAAUGACAGCACGGCUCUGUGGUGGGUGAUCAAAGGCCCUGUAGUUGGCUCUAUAAUGGUUAACUUUGUGCUUUUCAUUGGCAUCAUCAUCAUCCUUGUGCAGAAACUUCAGUCACCAGAUAUGGGCGGCAAUGAGUCCAGCAUUUAUUUACGGCUGGCCCGGUCCACCUUGCUGCUCAUCCCGCUAUUUGGAAUCCACUACACAGUAUUUGCCUUCUCCCCAGACAACUUCAGCAAGAAGGAAAGACUUGUGUUUGAACUUGGGCUGGGCUCCUUCCAGGGCUUCGUGGUGGCUGUUCUCUACUGUUUUCUGAACGGGGAGGUGCAGGCGGAGAUCAAGCGGAAGUGGCGGAGCUGGAAGGUGAAUCGCUACUUUACCAUGGACUUCAAGCACCGGCACCCAUCCCUGGCCAGCAGUGGGGUGAACGGGGGCACCCAGCUCUCCAUCCUGAGCAAGAGCAGCUCCCAGAUCCGCAUGUCCGGCCUCCCGACUGACAACCUGGCCACCUGAGCCACCCUCCCCUCCUCUCCUGCAUCCACAGGCUGGGGCUGCGGGCAGGUGCCGGCCCACGCAUGUUUGUGCCUCUUCCCUCCCCUUGGGUGGGCCCUGGGCUGGAAGCUUGGCUCUCCAGGGGGGAGAAGGAGGAAGAGCAGACUGUAUUGCCCCUCCCAUCUUGGUACUGGCCCCCUCCAGUACCUCCCAGACUGGUCCCCUGGGUCCUGACCCAGACAUGUAAAUAUUCCUCGAAUUUGGGAAAGUUCCAUUCUGUCCCCUUGGCCCCAGUGCCCUGCUCCUCUCAAACCAGGCCUCAGCUCCACCACACUGUGUCUCAACCAGCCUCAGUGAUGGCCUGACCCCGGCUGUGAGGCCUUGUGAGCUAAGGCUGGAGAGACCCUGCUUUGGGAAGCUGGGGUGGUGCCUGCCCCAAUCACUCCUGUAUUGUCUGACUUUGGAUAUGAACCUCCCUGAGUCUGCAUACCACCAAAAGGCCCUUCUCAGGCCUAGGCUCAGUCCCUGAGGCCUACCCAAGGUCCAGCGUGGGUGGCCAAAGUGCCCUUCAGUGCAGGCCAGUCC